AUGAACUCCCUCCGUGUCGCCCGAACUGCUCUCAGAGCCCGUUCCUCCACCUUCAGGACUGCCCAGCCGCUCCUGAAGCGCACAUAUGCCGAUGUCGCGCCCGACAAGAUCCAGUUGACUUUGGCUCUGCCGCACCAGGCUAUCUACAAGUCGCAGGAUGUCGUGCAGGUGAACAUCCCAGCCGAGUCCGGAGAGAUGGGUGUUCUUGCCAGCCACGUUCCUUCCAUCGAGCAGCUUAAGCCAGGUCUUGUUGAGGUCAUUGAGGAGAGCGGUGGCAGCAAGCAAUUCUUCUUGUCCGGUGGUUUCGCGACCGUCCAGCCAGGCUCGAUCUUGAGCAUCAACGCCGUCGAGGGAUACCCACUCGAGGACUUCAGCGCGGAUGCCGUGAGGAAUCUGAUCGCUGAGGCACAGAAGAUUGCCGGCGGUAGCGGUAGCGAGCAGGAUGUCGCUGAGGCUAAGAUUGAGCUCGAGGUUCUCGAGAGUCUGCAAGCCAACCUCAAGUAG